UCAAGUACAUUAUAUACUUCUUCUUUUCCUCGUUAUGCCAAGUCGGCUAGCCUCAGCCGACUCUAUCCUUAAGCCCCUUGUCCAGCUGUUAUAUAGAUGCCUCCAAUACUGUCCAAGAUUGCGGGAAUUUAUACUGUACAUUGCUCGCUUAGUGUUACUGAUCUGCGGGGAAGCUCCGAUGGAAUCAGGAAUGGGAAACCAAGUGCAACAGCAACAACCGAGUCUGCGACAUAUAGAUGAGUUCGUUGGUGGUCUACAGUGCGCUGGCGAGCUCCUUGAUCUCGAGUUGUAUCCUGAUGCUAAGGAGAUCUCAGAAUCCAUGGCGGCGUUCCAUGCGGUCAGACGCCACGUGGCUGCUCUCAAUAUUGGGAUGAAUGACAACAACGUUGGCUGUGUUGUGGUUGGUGAUGGCAGCACACCGAGAACCGCAGCGCUCUUCGCGUAUCGAACGAGUUGGCAGAUCUGGUCUAUUGAUCCCCAGCUGGACGCGAGUCGAUACGAAGGGAAGGUGAAUAGACUUCAUUUGCUCGAUAGGAAGAUUGAAGACUGUCUACUCUUCAAUGCUAACGUCAAGGUUUGGGUGAUAGUAUGCGUUCACGCGCAUCUACGAAGUUUACAGGACGCAGUAAAUUGCUGCAUAGCUCCUGGGAAAUCUGGAAAGCUGGCGCUGGUCGUGGCGAUGCCAUGCUGUAAUAACUAUUCUACGAUGCUUCUCGAUUGCGAGAAAAACGACCUCGGGCAGAUGGAAGAAUAUAAGGAUUGGGGAGUUAUGUCCCCUCAUAGACUCAUUCGAGUUUGGAUGGCUUCCGAGUAUGUGGUGAAGUCUACUGCUGCGAGCGCUGUAGUGGACGAGAGUUUGCGGACCAGCACUGCUAGGAGUAAAGGAGGAUCAGUACGAGCACAGAGGAGUAGAAAGCGUCGAGAGCAGGAGCACUUGGGCGCUACGUAUUCGGCGUGAUAAACGUUAAUAGAAAC